CACAACGAAGCUGGAAGGCUGGAAUCCGUUCCAAUCCAAGACAAGUCUGCAGUUCUGAGCAGCGGGACCCAGCGGGAUCUCCGUGUGCGGGAGUACAGUAGAAAUGUACGAAGUACGAAGAAUGUGCGCAGUUUUUGAAAUACUGUGUCGACAAACCAACAAACGAAGUAAUGUGAUGAACUCGCAACGCAGACAAAAAUGAGCGACCUCCCCGUUGUUCUUCCUACUUGGACUAACUUCGCUGAACACGGUCUUGUUGGUUUACAACGCGAAGUCCUUGAUCCCAAAUUCAAUCCAGAUUUUGGAGGAGCUGGAGUUGACGUGCGCGACAAGGGACAAAUAGAUGUUAAAGAGCUCAAAUGCAACAACGCACAUGCGAACAGAUUCCGCGCGAGCACUGUCGCGUUGCCAUUCAUCCCUCCAAAUCCAGUAAGCUACAGCCGUGAUCCGUGCUUGCAGUCACAGCUGGAACAGAACCGGCAGAUUGAAGCAUUCGGAGCUUCACUUGAUGCGUACAGAAAGAAACUGACGGUAGAGAGCAACUUCUCAAAAGCUGUGAAUAAGCUGGUGGAAGCUGCAAGCAAGCAGCGGGAAUUUUCCUCUCCUAUACCCAAGCAGCUGAUCAAGUUGAUCAGAUGCAAACCAAAGUCCCUUGCGCAUCUCGAAUACAACCUCCAGUACGCGGGUGGCUGCCUGUCAACACUGCCCACUUCAGACGAUCGCAGCCUUUUAUUAUACGUCUCCGGUGCUGAACUUGACACUUUAGCGGUGUCCUUAGUCGGCCCAAGGAGUCAAGGCCCAUUACUAGAAGUGAACAAGACAUGUACUUGUAAAAAUGUUGGUGGUCGCAUUUAUCAUCUUGCUGUACAUCGAGUGAAUGAGGAUGUGUAUUGUACGACACGCCUGGAAAAACAAUGUCUGUAUACACGCAUAAGUGAUUCCUUAGAGUCCAUAGAGCUUAUUGGUGAACUCAAGACAGAUGACACCCUGUGCUUCGCAACACCGAGCAUUUACAUCCCUGGGGAACUUCUGUACAUCACAAGCACUGGAUCCCUUGUUCUCUAUUCAUGUGACAACGAGUGCGCCACAUGGCAGGCCAAUGUCUCGCACGCUGGAGAUGCUCCAUGGUGGCUGUGCUGCUUUGGAAGCCAUCCAAGGUGUGUCUGCUACAUGGACCACUUUGGUCUUUACCAACGAGAUGCCAGGGAACAAAAUGUGGCUCGGAAAGCAGUGUGCAGCGCUGGAGAUGACUGUUUCCUGGAUGAUCAGCUGACAAUCCUGAAGACAAAUGAUGCCUUGCCUCACCAGUACUACGUUGGUUCUUUGAGCCACCUCACCCUGUGGGACGAGAGGUACUGGAAGCAGCCGAUGAUUCAGUGGAAUCACGGUCUGAAGCAUUCCCCGACCUUCGUGAAUGAAGCACGGCUUGGUGGCCGUGCCUACAUCACCCUAGGUUCUCAGAGGUCCCGCGAAGUGGCAUUGUUCUGCGUGGACGACUCUUCACCCCCACAACCGUCCUCACCCUACCCACCGUGGCACAUGUCUCGCACUUGCGACUUUGCAAAGAUAAUGGAGCGGCAAGGCAUUGAAGUUGACGGGAGUGUGGAGAGACGUGCGACGGCACCCCUGAUCGGGGGCUGCUCAGUGGCAUGCCCCAGGGGACUGGUGGGGCUCCAGCUGACUUCUUUCGGGGACAUUUUUUACCAGGACUUCGAGCACUCCUCCAGCGGAACCCUGGUGGAUGGAAAUUGGAAGUUUGGAUUCGGAUCUGAACCAGUGGAUGUUCUGCACGAAGUGCAGUGGUGGGUGGACAUUGCAAGUCUACCAGAGGAAGAGGACAAGAAGGAUCGCCUCCAGUGGGUGAACGUGCAACGUGUGAAAGAGGAUUUCGUUGCGGCAGAUGUCACGCCAGAAGAGGACUAUGGGGUGGCCCAGCUUGAUGCACUACAAAAGGCUGCUAAUGAAGGCAGGUGCAUUAAUUAUCAAGAAUGGCAAGGAGGCCUUGAGAAUGAUACUCAGCUAAAUGGCGACCUGUUGGACAUUUUGGACGAAGUGGACAUCAAUGCUACGUGGGAUAGUAGAACCACAAAGCUGCUGGAGAAGUGGAAAGCUGAGCCUCCAACACAGGAAGAAGAGCCUACCCCCGACGACCAGGAGGACGAUGAUAUAUUAACAGCAUUGCGGCAUACUCUGGAAGACCUCGACGUCUCCAGUCUUCCAUCAGCGGCACCGCUUUCGCAGAGCCUUUCACAAGAAGAUACACAAAAGAAAAAGAAACGACGAACGCAGGAGGGCUUUUAGUGAGCCCACUGUGAGAGGCAAUAAAAGAGCAUUGUUGUAUAUAGAUAAAAUCUGCA